GCUCCAGGUUGAAUUGGAUGACAGGACAGCGACGUGCUCUGCGUUCUACGGUGUGAAGUGUUUCGCCUGUUGGAGAAAGGAUGUGAGAAGAAGAGGCUUGCAAGCAUGCGGCUUUGUUAGAUUCUGUGAAUUUUGGAUAGCGUUUUUACAUGCGACGUGUUUGUGAUAAAUGUUUUCCACGGGAUCUAUUUACGUUGCUUUGUAAGCAUCGUUUUCUGUUGCGGCUCCGUACAUUGAUUAACUAUCGAUUGCUACAGUGGACUGUCAAUUAAGUGUGCGCUCUCUUCCCCGGUGUUAAUUUGUGUGCUGGUGAUUAUUUGUGUACCCCUGAAUGUGGUUUUGAAACAGUCGUUUUCAAUUACAAAUUGGUAUUUCAGUAACCGAGAUUAUUCAAGCGUUGUUGACAAGGUACGACUUACUUAUUUUACUGUAUCCCUGAUUAGACUACGGUGUUCCCGGAAUAUUACGACGUUGUAGGCAAUCUUGAUAGUAGGCCUAAGCUACUAGGCUGUACGUGUACUUUUAUUAGUUAUUUUUUUUAGUGUUUUAUCUGUGAUUGUCAUAUCACUGACAUAUGUUCGCUAUUCCCUAGAACGCGCCUGACAAUCGAUCGGAAUAUACAUUUUCUAUUGUUUUUUUCCUGAGGAUAGGUCAACACAAACACAUCGAACAUGUCUCUCGGCAGAAGUAUUGAAUGGGAACAUUUUGAGGAACGGGACAAAACGCAACGUUCAUCACGGGCUAACGGUUCAGGGUCCCAGUCCGGCUCCAGGGGUAACGGUCUCGUACCCAGCCCGGCACACAGCGCCCACUGUAGCUUCUACCGGACGCGUACGCUGCAAUCGCUCACUUCCGAGAAGAAAGCCAAAAAAGUGCGUUUCUACCGUAAUGGGGACAAAUACUUCAAGGGUUUGGUGUAUGCCGUGUCCAGCGACCGUUUUAGGUCUUUUGACGCCCUGCUUAAGGAGCUUACCCGGUCUCUAUCAGACAACGUCAACCUCCCUCAAGGUGUCCGGAGUAUCUACACCGUGGACGGCAGCAAGAAGAUCAGUAGCCUGGAGGAGUUAGCCGAGGGCGAAAGCUACGUGUGUGCCUCUAACGAGCCAUACCGCCAUUUGGACUACACCAAAAAUGUCAACCCCAACUGGUCGGUGGGCAUCAAGGCGGGCCAGUCGGGCUCCCUGUCCUCCCUAAGUAUCCUGGUGAAGGGGGAGCUGCAGCGUAGCGAGGCCAGCCUCGGGACCAGGGACUUCAUCAAGCCCAAGCUGGUCACAGUGAUCCGAAGCGGGGUCAAGCCGAGGAAGGCGGUUCGGAUCCUGCUGAACAAGAAGACGGCCCACUCCUUCGAGCAGGUGCUCACUGACAUCACGGACGCCAUCAAGCUGGACUCGGGCGCGGUCAAGCGGCUCUACACGCUCAAGGGGAAGCAGAUCACCUGUCUCCAGGACUUCUUUGGCGAGGACGACGUGUUCAUCGCGUGCGGCCCGGAGAAGUAUCGCUACGCGCAGGACGACUUCCUGUUGGAUCCCAGUGAAUGCCGGGUCCUGAAGUCAGCGUACUCCGCCCGCCUGCCCACUUCCUCAAGGGCAGCUGGUAGCAAGAGCCCGGCCCUGUCAAGACGGAGCAAGUCCCCUGGAACAGUCAAUGGGGUCCCCAGCAGUGCGAUCUCCACCCCCAAGUCCACUAAGUCCAACAGCUCCUCCCCCACCAGCCCGUGCAGUGUACACCGCUUCAAGAUUCCGCCACAUCACAUGUCUGCUACCAGCGUGAAUGGAUCGUCUCACAGUCUGGAGCUGGCCACCAACUUGAGCCCCGAAGUGAACGGUAAUCAGUGUGUCGCCACCACUUCCGUCCUGGACAAAUACAAGGUGGGAAAGGUCAUAGGAGAUGGAAACUUCGCCGUGGUGAAAGACUGUGUGGAACGGUCUACAGGGAAGGAGUACGCGCUGAAGAUCAUUGACAAGGCAAAGUGUAGUGGCAAGGAGCAUCUGAUAGAGAACGAGGUGGCUGUGCUGAGGAGGGUCAAACACCCAAACAUCAUCCAGCUGAUUGAAGAGGUGGACACACCCACUGAACUCUACCUGGUCAUGGAGCUGGUCAAGGGAGGCGACCUUUUCGACGCCAUCACGUCGUCCACUAAAUACACGGAGAGAGACGCCAGCGUCAUGGUGUACAAUCUAGCCGGAGCCCUGAACUACCUCCACAACAUGAACAUCGUCCACAGAGACAUCAAGCCGGAGAACCUGCUGGUGUGCGAGAACCCUGACGGCACCAAGUCUCUGAAGCUGGGGGACUUUGGCCUGGCCACCGUGGUGGAGGGGCCCCUGCACACCGUUUGCGGAACCCCCACCUACGUGGCGCCCGAGAUCAUCGCUGAGGCCGGGUACGGUCUGAAGGUGGAUAUCUGGGCUACUGGGGUCAUCACUUACAUCCUGCUGUGUGGCUUCCCACCGUUCCGCAGUGAGAGCAACCUCCAGGAGGAUCUGUUUGACCAGAUCCUGGUGGGACGACUGGAUUUCCCUUCUCCCCACUGGGACAAUGUCACUGACUCGGCCAAGGAGCUGAUUGGGCGGAUGGUGCAGGUGAACGUGGAGGCCCGGUACACGGCGCAAGACGUCCUCUCUCACCCCUGGGUUGUCGCGGAGGACAACAUGGAGAUGGUGUCCGGUAAACUGAAAACGCACUACGACACGGCAGCAGGAGUGGCCAUCAUUAUGAACACGGCUCUAGAUAAGAAGAGGAUCCAGCUGCCUCGGCGUAGCCAGAGGCCCACAGAGCCCCCGCCGCCGCCCCCUGGGAAGAAAGGAGUCAAACCAGUCUCACCCACCACCAAGCCUGCCCCAACGGAGGAGGAACCCGCCACCCCCACCUCGCCCACCAAACCGGUUACCACACCCUCUGUCCCCGCCUCCCCCGACAAACAGAAACCUACCGAUCUCAAUCUCUCUCAAUCUCCCUCAGAUGCUAGACUCAACGGCACUUCUCCCUCCUCACCUACCAAGCCCAAUAUCGCUGCGUAUCCUACCUCUCCUUCCAGGCCGAACAACUCCCCCUCUCCCUCCUCCCCUACCAAACCUGUUAUCCCUCCCUCUCCUUCCUCACCCACCGAACUCCAACCAUCCGCCCCUCCUCCCGCCCCCGUCUCUCCCCACUCACCCACCGAACUCCAACCAUCCGCCCCUCCUCCCGACCCCGUCUCUCCCCACUCACCCACCGAACUCCAACCAUCCGCCCCCGUCUCUCCCCACUCUCCCACCGAACUCCAACCAUCCGCCCCUCCUCCCGACCCCGUCUCUCCCCACUCACCCACCGAACUCCAACCAUCCGCCCCUCCUCCCGCCCCAGUCUCUCCCCACUCACCCACUGAACUCCAACCAUUUGCCCCCGUCUCUCCCCCCUCUCCCCCCUCACCCAACGCAGCCCAACCACCCGCCCCCGUCUCUCCUCCCUCACUCUUCACCUGCCCCCCUCCCUCUGACCCCCCCUCUCCCACUGCCAUCCCCACCCCUCCGUCCCCUGUGGGCUGCUCGUCCCCAGGCCCACCCUCACUCCCCCCGUCCCUGGCGGGUGUGGACGUCGAGGCCGCUGCCGCCGCCAUUGCCAGAGAGCUGUGAGGACGCAGGAUGGACAGACCGGUUUUGGAGCCCUGGUCCAACUGGACACCCUCAUCCCCAGGCCUUUAGGUCGCAUGCGGGGGGCUUAUACAGACAGACGUUCCACCUCCAUCCUCAGUAACAGUAUCAGCUGAAAUCCUGUAGUAACUACUGCCCCCCCCCCCCCUCCCGGCUCCCAAGCAACAAAUGGCUAAAAUACUAGCAAAAUGGCUGCCGCGACCUACAGUGCAGUGUCUGUGGAGACCCAUCACAUCCCCAGUCAGAGGGUGAGGUGUUCUGUACAUUUCGGUUGAUUGUAGAUACGGUAUGUGUGUUUGUACAUGAGAAAUACAGAGAAGACUGAGGUGCCUGGCUCUGCAAGAGAAUUUGAUUUGAGAAUGACUUUGUCGUGUUAAUUGACUGUUAUUUAUUAUUUUCUGGGAUGUUCCCCGCCUACACGGAUCAUGAGUGUAGUCUUUUUCAUGCUCGCAGUAGGUUGUAAGUUGAACUACUGAAGGUGUAUAUAUUGUUGUAUAAUGAAAACUAGGCAUCCAGUUGAAACUUGAAGGUUUGAUUGUGUUUUCCUCACCUGCCUGUAAGCCUGCUUGCUUAUCAUUGGUCUGCUGUGGUUUUACUGCUGAACACCAAACGAGAGACGCAACAGAAUAAAUGAAUGUGUGUCGAUUAGGAGAGAUGGGCCUGUGAAUUAGCAGACAGGUCAGGAUCAUGUUCAUUAGGAACAAAAUGAAAACAGAAAUAGAACAAAGACGAAACAAGUAUAGUAAGAAACACUAAUUUUCCCCCUAUGUAGCGAAACCUUUGGAUGUUUUUUUUUGGUCCCAAGGAACAUGAUCCAGUUGUUUGAAAUGCCUUUUAUGAAACAAGCUUGUCUAAAAACACACUUGAUCCCAUAAUUUACUAAUUUAUUUGUACAGAUUUACCCAUUAAUAAUGUGAGGCUAUUCUACUUUGUUGUUGUAAUAUGUCUGUAAUGCACUUGUUUUAAAGUCCAUGGUGACAGUCCAAAUCGCAUAGUCAAUGGUUCUCAAACUCGGGUCCACAGCCAGACAUGCAUACACCUUGUUCAAUUUGUUAUUGUAUAUAUGUAAAUGUGCACAACAACAAACUGAACAAAUUCUGGCCAGUAGGUGACUGGAAUAACUUUAGAGGGUGUAAUACCAAGCCAUGCAAUAGAUAUUGGUAUACAAAGUACACAACAGACAUCAAGAAACAGUUGUCAUUUAAGUGCGGGUUUCAGAAAUUUUCAGGAUUGUAGCUUAAAAAACGGCAACCUUUUAUUUGCCCAAAAAACAUGGGCAUUCUAAAUAUGCCUUUCCAGGGCCCCACAUUUGAUUUGUUUGUUCAUGCACUGCCAAAGUCAUAGUAAAACUCAAAACAAAAGUGGUUUCUGGCCUCAAACCUGAUUGAGAACCAAUGGCCUAAAUAGUUCUGAGCAGGGCUCCAUGUAGUCAAUAGGACGCCUUCAUAUCUUUACAGCCUGCUGCCAAUGGUGGAGUUUAACGCCAUUUUUGAAUAAUGGCUCAGAUCCUUCAAAACAAUACGGGUUUCACAGACACCGAUUAAGCCUCAACCUGGACUGAGAAAUCAAGUUCACUGGUAAAUCUGGAUUUAUUUACUCCAGGAAUAAGCUUAUUCAGUGUCUGCGAAACCGGCCCUACAACUCCCAGGGCCUUUACUGUUGCACGCCGUGCUCUGCCCUCUGCCUUCCCCCACAAAAUAGACCACAUAGUAAGUCAAGCUGGUACUGUAUGUAGAGUAGCUCCUCGAUUCUCUGUUAUGUAAACUUAGUUGAAGUACACUAGUCAUAAUGCAUCUUAACUGCAGUUUUAUUCUGGACACAUUUCAAACAGGAAAGACAUGUCAGCUUUGUUUGGCAGUUUUAGUUUGUGCAGCCAUUUAACUACUGUGUGACUACUGUUAAAGCUUUAUCAUUUUGUAUUAGGAUCAUGUCAGAAUUCAAACGCAAUAAAAGUAUUCAAAUUAAA